CCCCCGGCCGGGGCGCGGCUAUAAGGAGCGGCGGGGCCGGGGGAGGCGCUCGGCGGCAGCGGCGGCGCGGAGCGGAGCGGCGGGCGCGGCAGCGGCUGCAGGUCUGGGGACGUUGCCGACAACAUGCGCCUGCUGCGGGCCCUGCUUUGCCUCUGGCUGCUGGCCGAGGCGGCCCUGGCUUCCCGGGUGCGCACCCGCCGGGAGCUGGGCCCCGGCUUGUACGAGCACGGGGUCUACGAUGCUGGUGGGUCCUACUGCCAGCGAGGGGAUGUCUGCUGCCACGGCCGCAACGACGGCUGCACCGUGCCCUACCACGACACCCUCUGCUACUGCGACCUCUUCUGCAACCGCACCAUCUCCGACUGCUGCCCUGACUUCUGGGAGUACUGCCUGGGCAUCCCGCCCCCCUUCCCCAAGGCUCCAGGCUGUGCCCGCGCCGGCCUUAACUUCCCCACUGGAGCCACGUACCGGGAGAACUGCAACCUGUGCACCUGUGGCCCCGGCGGGCAGUGGCAGUGCGAGGACCAUGCCUGCCUGAUGGAUGGGGAGCUGAUCGACGCUGUCAACAGGGGCAAUUUUGGCUGGAGAGCCGCCAACUACAGCCAGUUUUGGGGCAUGACGCUGGAGGACGGGAUCCGGCACCGCCUGGGCACCUUCUGGCCCUCUCCCACCGUCAUGAACAUGAACGAGAUGCACAUGAACAUGGACUCCAACGAGGUGCUGCCCCGACACUUCGACGCAGCCGCAAAGUGGCCCGGGAUGAUCCACGAGCCCCUGGACCAGGGCAACUGCGCCGGGUCCUGGGCCUUCUCCACGGCAGCUGUCGCCUCGGACCGCAUCUCCAUCCACUCCAUGGGACACAUGACGCCUGCCCUGUCACCCCAAAACCUCCUGUCCUGCGAUACCCGCAACCAGCGGGGCUGCAGCGGGGGCCGGCUGGACGGCGCCUGGUGGUACCUCCGCAGGCGAGGGGUGGUGACGGACGAGUGCUACCCCUUCACCAGCCAGGAGAGCCAGCCGGCGGCACAGCCCUGCAUGAUGCACAGCCGCUCCAUGGGCAGGGGCAAGCGGCAGGCGACGGCACGCUGCCCCAACCCCCAGACCCACGCCAACGAGAUCUACCAGUCCACCCCUGCCUACCGCCUCUCCUCCAGCGAGAAGGAGAUCAUGAAGGAGCUGCUGGAGAAUGGCCCUGUGCAAGCCAUCCUGGAGGUGCACGAGGAUUUCUUCAUGUACAAGAGUGGGAUCUAUCAGCACACACCAGUGGCCGAGGGGAAGGGGCCGAAGCACCAGCGACACGGGACCCACUCAGUCAAGAUCACUGGGUGGGGAGAAGAGCAGCUGCCUGAUGGCCGGAUUCAAAAAUACUGGACGGCGGCCAACUCCUGGGGCACAGCAUGGGGCGAGGGCGGCCACUUCCGAAUCGCCCGCGGCGUCAACGAGUGCGAGGUGGAGAGCUUCGUGGUGGGCGUCUGGGGCCGCGUCAGCAUGGAGGACAUGACCCACAAGUGAGCGCCCCGCUGCCCACGGGGCCCCCCCCACCCAGGGGCCCCACCGCCCCGCAGAUGUCCUUGUCCCCACGAUGGCCCUGCCCAGCACCGCAGCCCCUCCGUCCCCUCCUGGGGGCACCUGUGGGGUGGCACCCCCACGCAGCCCCGUGCCACCGGGCAGGGAAAUGGGACAGUCCCCUGCGUUCCCAUCCCCGGGGGACACGGGCCCCCCCUGUGCUGACGCGGCGGCUGGGUGCAGUGGUGCAUGCACAGGGCUUGUGGCUGGGGGUGCCCCGGGGCCCCAUCCCCCAUCCCGUGGGAUUUACCCGUUAAUCCCCCCGCCCGGGGCUCGGCUGGGCUUUGGUGGCACCCGGGGACUCUUCAAAGGCGGCCACCCCCCCGCUCCAGCCAGCGCUGGCGGCUUCACCCCCCCCCGCGUGCUGGUUGGGCACGGGGUGGGGGAGCGCUGCAGUGGGACCCCAGGGCUCCUGCACCCCCAUAUCUUCCCCACCCCCCUGCCCCACUUCCCGGGAGCUGGAGUUGGGGAGGAGGGGGUUAUCUUUAACCCAGCAGUGCCUGGGAGGUUUGUCUAUGCCCCUGGAGCUGGAGGAGCCCCAAGGCUGAGUGUUGGCAGCUGGGGAUGAGGAUGGGGUCCCCGCCAUCCCCACUGCCUGUCCCUAUGGUGCUAUGGCUCCUGCCACCCCCCCCAGGGGACUGCGGGGACAGGGAAGGGCUCAGCACCCUGGUGUCCCUGUCCUGGUGGGACCACAAUCAGGGACCACACAUCAGCACACCCCAGGUCUCCCUUCACCUUCGUCCCCAAGGCUGUACUUUUAAGGAUUUUUGUAUUUAUUAUGCUUUUUAUUAUUUGUAAAUAAAAUUAUUGAAGCCUCA